AUGUCCGCCGGUGCUCCCUCGCAGUCCAUCGUCAACGCGACCAAAGCUGCCCAGCACGCUCCCGAUAACACCGUCAACAACGCUGCCGACGUCGCUGCCACCUCUGCCCACCCGCCGCCCAACGCUCCCGACCCGACCGCCGCAGACUCUACCACCCCCAAGCGCGUCAAGACGAGUCACAAUGGCCCCGAGGGAGGACUCGCCGCCACCGCUGCCUCCGGUACCUCCCAACUCGCCAGUCUUAAGGUAAAACUGAAAAGUGGCCUGCGACAAUAUCCCGAUUUCCCGAGCCCCGGCAUUCUCUUCGAAGACAUCAUGCCACUCUUUAGCAACCAUGACCUCCAUCAGAAUCUCAUCACCGCCUUGGAACUGCAGCUCGUCGACACAUUUGGUCCACACCAUGGGAUCGAUGUCGUGGUCGGUCUAGAGAGUCGCGGUUUUCUCUUUGGUCCGACGUUGGCGUGGAAAAUCGGCGCGGGCUUUGUUCCCGUGAGGAAGCAGGGCAAGUUGCCGGGACAAUGCAUUACGGAAGAGUAUCAGAAGGAGUAUGGCUCGGACUCCUUCCAGAUGCAAGGAGAUGCGAUCAAAAAGGGUGCCAAGGUGGUGAUUGUGGACGAUAUCAUUGCGACAGGCGGCACUGCAGCUGCGGCCGGCAAUCUCGUCCAGAAGCUUGGUGGUGAGCUAGUGGGAUACGUUUUCAUUAUGGAGCUGGACUUUCUCAAGGGGAGAGACAAGCUGAAUGCGCCUGUACACACUCUUCUCAGUGGACAGGACGAGGCGUUGGCGUCAAAAUGAAGCUUUUGAUUUCUUUUUUUUUGUUCUCUUUCGGAAAGGCGUGCUUGGGGGUAUGACAAAAAGGAAAGAUCGGAUAGAUGGUCUCGGGGACCGGGACAUACCAUACUCAUCAGUCCGCAGACGACUGUGAGGACUCUUGACGAGAUGAGGCUGUCUGUUGGGAAUGGCAACAGUCUCGAAGCUCUAUAGGCGUAGGCAUAGUGCAGCUAUGCAAGCCCUUGAUGAGUGAUUCAACCACUGCUGAACUACCCACAUAGGAAGGCUGUUGCAUCGACCUCAGUCUCGCGUCAAUACCAAUGACGCUGACGCCAUUCAUGGUUGUAGGUGACAUGUUCUCGUUUGAUGAUGAUACACCUGAACCAUCGAACCCUCAACCACAGCUAACUCAACAGGCUAGUGGGAAAGCACCCUACCCGUACCUGACCGUAGGUAUAUCAUACAUGUAUGUACCUACCUACAUAUACUUGCCGGGCCGCGAGGGUAGCCUGAACGAAGGAACUUCACUAUAGCUAGAAGUAUAUAGUACAGUACGAUACCUACUACGUACCUAUAUAGCAUCGAUACGUACAAUCAAUUAUAACG